UGUUUACAACCUGACGGAAGAUGUGAAAUGGAAGUAUGAUUUCCGCUUGUGUCGUUGUCUGAAUGUAUUAGAUUUAUGCCUGAUCAUUAUAUAUCAAAACUAUCCAAUCCAUAGAAGCUCCUGAACGUACACAAACAAGUCGACAUGGAGGAUGUGAAGAAAACAAAACCUGUAAAGGAGAAAAGAAAAAGGUCGCAAGGCCCAAAGAAGGACAAAAAAUCUGAAGAAUCACAGCAGCAGAGUGGAGCUGGGAUGGUUUCACAUUUUUUGAGCCAAUCACAACAGAUACAACAACAGGAAGGGCUUGUUCUAGGAGACAGCCACAGCAGCUUUGUCGGACGAAUGGCAGCUCAGCAUCUCUCUUCAAGUUCCCCUUUCACAACAACACAGCAUGGUGGCACCAUGACUUCUGCUCCUAGCCACUCCUCUCUGAGAACUAUCAACUUGCCCCCGAAGAAAAGCAUCUCACCGUCAAGGAUGGCUGCUCUCACAGAACCUAAAGGUCAAAGUCAACGUCAUCUUGCUCUAGGUCUAGGUCAAGGCCGACCAUGGCAAUAUCAUUUCACAGGUGUUCUAUUUAUAGUACAUAGGCAUGGUAGGCUUGCUAGCCAGCUUGGUUUGACUGUCAGGAGACACAGCCCCUAUGCUUGGUUUGAAAGUCAGGAAACAUAGUCCCUAUGCUUGGUUCGACUGUUAGGAGACACAGACGCCCCUGUGCUUGGUUUGACUGUCAGGAGACAUAGCCCCUAUGCUUGGUACGACUGUUAGGAGACAUAGCCCCUAUGCUUGGUACGACUGUUAGGAGACAUAACCCCUAUGCUUGGUACGACUGUCAGGAGACAUAGCCCCUGUGCUUGGUUUGACUGUCAGGAGACAUAGCCCCUAUGCUUGGUACGACUGUUAGGAGACAUAGCCCCUAUGCUUGGUACGACUGUUAGGAGACAUAGCCUUUAUGCUUGGUACGACUGUCAGGAGACAUAGCCCCUAUGCUUGGUACGACUGUUAGGAGACAUAGCCCCUAUGCUUGGUACGACUGUUAGGAGACAUAGCCCCUAUGCUUGGUACGACUGUUAGGAGACAUAGCCCCUAUGCUUGGUACGACUGUCAGGAGACACAGUCCCUAUGCUUGGUUUGACUGUCAGGAAACACAGUCCCUAUGCUUAGUUUGACUGUUAGGAAACAUAGUCCCUAUGCUUGGUUUGACUGUCAGGAGACACAGUCCCUAUGCUUGGUUUGACUGUCAAGAGACAUAGCCCCUAUGCUUGGUUUGACUGUCAGGAGACAUAGCCCCUAUGCUUGCAGGCUUUUUGUGUUUGGUAAAAAUUAUUGUUGGGGUUCAGGUAAGAUGGCUGCAACAUUAAACAGUUUUUAAGUGCAAGUUGACAUAUUUUUUUAACUAUACCCAUUGAUUAUUUUUGAAUUUGAAAAAAAAAAUGAAAUUAUUCAUUGACAAAAUUUAGUCAUAGUAUCAGAAAAUUUUGCUUAUUCAAAAAUAAGGUUUAUUAAAGGAAAAGGAAUCAAAAGGAUUAAUACCUUCAGAUGAAUUAUAUCAAUCGUCUGGAUCACAAAUAAUUGACUUGAGCUAAUUUAGAGUUUUUUUGAGUUAGCACAAAGGUGCUUGACUAUCAUAACCACUAAAAUUAGUUAAUUUACAAAAUGUUUUAAUAAAUUUAUACUUGUUUCUGAAAAAGCUUAUACAGAGCAGUAGUUUACUUUACCAGAAUGUAUUGCAUCCCAUAUACUCCUGCUCUACAACUCCGUACCUGCUGGGGUUGGUGGACUUGUUCUGGUCAUUGAGUACUGCUGGAGAUUGAAUGAUACGCCUUAUCCUAUCACAGCUUUGAUCUUGUGCAGUGUUAUUAUAAUUAACCACAUCCCUACACACACACAACAAAUGGCUCCCCUCCUCACACAAAACCAGCAAACAAUAUCCCAUACCCCCAUUCAACAAUUCUACAACCCACACAUACAUUCCCCAUACACACAACAAUAUCUCCUUCACCACCCCCACCACUCUACACUCCCCCACUUCCCCACCCAAGAAACCCCUUUCCACUACCAGAACAUGCAAUUAUAAGUUUUCCAAAAAGAAAGGUUUUACUGAGACCAGCUUUAGUUUACAAUGAAUUUUUGACGAAGAAGAAAAUCUGAUGAUAAUAACUGCAUCAAAGUAGAUGUUUAAUUGACUGUUAAUACAUGUACUUGAAUGUUAAGAUACAAGGUAUCAACUCUACGUAGCCUGACAUAUGUUUGUGAUGCAUGACAGUGAACGUCCAAUCACUCAAUUAACUAAGGAGCUUAAUAUAUACAAUACCCAAUAACCAUUCCAGUCAAACUUAUAUCAAUUAUAUGCUUGCAUAUCUAUAAUCUGUCCGAGUGUACUAUUGAAUUGGUAUGAUUAUUUUUUGAGAUUGGAUAUUGGAAUUGAUAAAUAGGGCACUUGCCUGCACAGUUUAUGACACAUUUGGUAUUACCCUAGAAACAUUUGGUUUCUAAGAUGAUUGCUAGAUUUCUUAUAAGUUAUUAUUACUGUUUGCAUCAUGAAACUUUUGGAAAACUGUGCCUCAGAAAAUGUUGCUCAGAUGAUUUUGUCACCUACCUUUAGAAAAAUAAAAUUCAGUUUCAAUGUAUAUUAUCUUUGGCCUGCGUACUUGAUUACAAUUCUGAAUGGCCAAUUAAAAAAAAUAGUAGUAUUACAUUUUUGAAUUUCUAUCCCUUUUAAAAUGAACAUAUUUAUUCCAUUGAAGGUAUAUUUUAUAUCAAGAAAAAUGAACUAUAAGGAAAGUAUUGGAGCAACCAAAAUGUUUAAGCUCAAUUUAAUAUGACAUUAAUACAUGUAGGCUAAUGUCGAAAUAAUUGUAAGAUUAAAAUGUUAUCUGUUUUAGAAGUUCCAGCUGGUUUUCAAAGUCAAGUAUCUGCAUCCCAACACAGCAUCUGAACUUGCAGCUCACUUAACAGCUAAACACCAUCCUACUGUUAAUGUCAGUCGAUCCGAGGGACAAGAACAAGAACAAGGGGGACUACUCCGUCAACAGCUCUUGCAACAACGGA